AAACUCGAAAACAACUUUCACAUAUAAUUAAACCAGAAUCAGAAACUCAUAUACGGCCUCCACUUAACAGUAGAAGAAACGGAAAAUUGAAUAAAUCUCUUCUCGUAUCGAGAAUGGAACUAGAGUAAUGAAUGGUGAAGGGGGAGAAGAUUUUGGAGAAGGCACGUGUGUUCUGGUGACUGGGGGUGCUGGAUUCAUCGGCUCUAUUUUGACCUUGGAGCUUCUGGUCAAGGGCUUCGAACUGGUGGUCGUUGACAACUGCUCAAACUCAUACAUUGCUAAGGGUGAUGACAAACCGGAGAGUUUAAUUCGAGUAGAGAGGCUGGCCAAUGGGAAGACGGGGAAGAAAAAAGAAGUCACUUUCUACCUGAUGGACAUUCUGGAAGAAGAUAAACUACUCACAAUUUUUCAAGAGCACAAUUUUUUCUGCGUGAUGCAUCUAGCGGGUCUGAAGUCGGUGGGGGAGAGCGUGAAAUAUCCCCUGAAGUACUACGAGGUGAACAUGGGCAUAGCCACUAAUCUGCUCAGAUGUAUGGACCAAACUGGAGUUACUGGACUUUAUCUAUACUUGUACAUUUGCACAGUGUAUGGACCAGUGCUGCGUGAACAACUGCCGAUCACUGAGGAGCAGCCGACUGGCAACCGCACGUGUGCAUAUGGGAGGACCAAGUACUUCAUUGAGCAGAUGCUCAAGGACUGCUGUCGGGCCAACCCGGUGACUCGAUCAUCUUCAAAAGAGCUAGCAAUUCAGCCACUUAUGUCGAACCUCCUACUUCUCUUAACAACUUUUCUGUGUUACUAUGCUUGGAGGAGGGGGCUGUCAAAGAAAGAGCAAAAUACUGUUGUUGUAUGUUGUCAGAAACUGACAUGUGUGAGUAUGCGCUACUUCAACCCGGUGGGGGCUCACGAGUCGGGCCAGAUUGGGGAGGACCCCAACGGCAUCCCAAGACGUCUCAUGCCCAAUGUGGCACAGGUGGCCACGGGACGCAAACAGUUUCUGAGCGUGUACGGGAAUGACUACGAUACGGCUGACGGGACUGCAGUGCGAGAUUACACUCACGUGUCGGAUGUGGCAGCCGCACACACCAAACUAACCCUCCGACUGAUCGAGGGGCAAUUCUGUGAAUUCACUGCAUACAACUUCAGACGGGACUGCAGUGCGAGAUUACACUCACGUGUCGGAUGUGGCAGCCGCACACACCAAAAUAACCCUCCGACUGAUCGAGCGACAGUUCAGUGGAUUCACUGCUUACAACUUCAGUUUCUGAGCGUGCACGGGAAUGACUACGACACGGCUGACGGGACUGCAGUGCGAGAUUACACUCACGUGUCGGAUGUGGCAGCCGCACACACCAAACUAACCCUCCGACUGAUCGAGGGGCAAUUAUGUGGAUUCACUGCUUACAACUUCAGUUAUGGUACUAGCUACUCAGUUUUGGAGAUGGUUGAGGCAUUCAAGAAUGUGUCGGGAGUGGAGAUCCCGUGCAAGAUCGAGCCGAGAAGGGAGGGGGACACCGCUCACCUGGUGUCAGACUGCUCCAAGGCACUCCGAGAUCUUACCUGGAGAGCCACUAGGGAUCUAGACACAAUGUUUUAGAAACACGAGGACUCCAUGAAACACGAGGAAAACAAGUAAGGACUCCAUUGUAGAAACAGUUUGACUCCCAGAGAUCCGCCAGAUACCGCUUUCAGCGCUCAACAGCCGACGCAGACAUGGAAUCCGGAAAUUUUCACACAACUAUAUCUUAAUCCACAGAAAGAUAUUCUGCAGAAUCACUCAAUUAAUAUUAUAAAUUGUUUAGUAAUUACUUUAUUCCUUUAAAGAAUCAAACAAUCAAUCAAUUUCAAA